CGGUCACAGUGGGAGGGCGUCCUCCCCUCUUCGGGAGGAAGGCGUCCCCGCACGUCCCAGUUACGACAGUACCUUAUUUGACAGCCGCCGCUUCCCGAGCCGGGAUCCGCCCGCCGCGCCCUGCGCUCUGCGCCCCUACUGCCGCUGGCGGUGCCGAGCCCCGCGCCGAGCUCCAAGCCCCGCACCCUGCACAGGAAAGAAGGAGGGAAGAAGGUAGGGCGGGCCGGGCUGUCCCGCUCCGCCCCCGGCGAUAUGCGGCUCCGCCGGCCUCUCCCCUCCGGGCCCCGUCCCGGCCUUUUCCCGGGGGUGCGGGUCACCGCUCGGGGCAUCGCCCCGCGGUCUCUGAGCUGCAGCCGCGGCGGCAGCGGGGACCCCGCGCAUCGCCGGCGGGAGAGCGCCGGGGCCGCGCCCGCCCGGGAGGCGGCAGCGGCUGGUGCCUCCGCGCCCCUGGCCCCGGGGAGAGGCAGCGCUGUGGGUUGCUUCUUGGGGUUGAGUUUGGCCACCGCCAGCGCGUUUGUCUGCCGGGAGCUGCUCAGCGAGCUGCUGCCUGCAAGUGGUGCCCUUACACCGACAGACUGCAGCUGCAGCUGGAGUCGCUCCGGACAGCAAUACCCCAUGCCACUGAAACAACCAGAGAAGAGCCCACUUCCCUCCCAGAUUCCAGGUCUCAGUGACCUUUCAAGAGCUCCCCAUGAGGUGCCACAAUCUGGGUGCCAUGGGAAGUGCAUCAAGGAGACGGAUUCAGCCUGCCUGAGGCUGGCAAAGCAAGGAGGCCGACCUGACCUUCUGAAGCACUACACUCCUGUGGUAAUGAAGUCCCCUCCAGCAGCAUAUGCUGCACCUGACCACUACUUACACUGUGCCAGUCCCGCAGGGAUUGAGGAGCCAUGGAGCUGUGUUUUGUCCCUACCGGAUUAUGUGGCUCACAGAGAGCUGAUGGCUGGUGACCGUCAAGGUAACAGGUAUGGGACAAGAAGAGGGCCUUCUGACUUGGAUACAAAAAGUGUUUGGCAGCGAGAAGCUGAGAACAAAGAAAAUGCAGAGGAAAAGAGGGUAAAACUCCCACCUAUAAGACCUAAAUAUCCAAGCAAAUUGCCAACUGUUUCUACAAACAAGGAAUUUAGUGGAGCAAAUAAGCUUUCCUUCCCACCCAUGCCUGCUCAGAGAAAAAAUGAAGCAGUAAAUUUUAGCAAAUUAAUAAGCAAUGGUUAUGGGACUGACUGGUUUCACCCGUGUACUGGAUGGGAAAAAAAGAUUGAAGAAACAUCAGAAAAUAGUGAGCACUCCAAAGAUUCAGAACGAUCUGAAUCACCACCAGCAAGCAAUGAGUUAAAGCCAUCGUUUCAGGGAUAUAAUAAGUAACUUGGAAGACUGUUGGGGAAACUAAAGCCUUGUAUUGCUUAUAUAGCCCACUAUUUACAUGUUGGCUAGAUUAUUUUUGUAAUUUAACUCAUCCCUGAUUGAGAAGUUUGCUAGAUGGAUGAACUUCAUUGGGCUUGAUUACAGCAAAUUUUAAAGUGCAGGCAACAGCUGUCAGUGCUUCUUCAUCCUAGACUUUUUCUUAAUAUAAUAAACAAAAUAGAGCAAAACUGAGGUUUUCUUCUGCACAAGACUCCUGCUGGUUUGCUGCUCACAGACAGGGUCCCAUGUUGCUGCUGACUUGACUAGACACAGGCAUGCUGUUGAUGUGUCCAAAUCAUCAAGUUUCUUCGGUUAAGUACAGCUGUACUCAUGAAUUAUGCCACAAGGAAAGGUGAAGGGGAACUGUGUGGUAUGGGAUGAAAUGCAGAUAGAAAGAAUUGAGCUGGUAUGGGUACUUGCAAUAAAAAAGUCAAACCUUCACUGAAAAGACUGCUUCUUCAUCCCAAAAGCUCAUUUACUUUGAACAUACUCAGCUUUCUAGGACAGUUCUACAGCUGUGCCUGCUGCACAAGAACUAGUUGAUCAGUCAUAGUGUUCAACCACAUAAUUAAAGACUUAGUGGCAUUUCCUGGUGUAGUCUUGUUGUCUAGAAGCUGAAUCGUUGGUUAACAG